ACCAAGUUCUUUGUGUCAGAAAACAAAGACAUUACUGAAACAUAUAAAGGAAGAAUAGCAGUGAAACUUGGCAUUCCUAUUGUAUCAUUGUCAUUCAUUGAUGACUGUGCGCAGCAACAGAAAUUACUCGACAGCGAUGAAUAUCUGUUGGUUGGAAAAUCCGCUGCAAAACAGUUCUCAUCGGGCAUUAUAAAAGGUAACAAGUAAUGUAUUAUAAUGAGUUUGAGAUGGGGAAUCAUAUAUAAUUUGAAUCUAAUAAGUUGUUUUACUGAUAAUUGUUUUUAGUGAAUGUCCAGAAACCAAGUGGUGCUAAGGCGAAAUUACUAAAACCCUUGUCACUUGCAAAUCUGAAAUCUACAAGGUAAUUGAUGCAUAUUUCAUUGACAUUGUGAUUGUUUUAGUAUGGAGAUAUGGCAAAGCCCAUCUGCUCUCGAACAUGCUGCAGAGAUUAAAUUUAUUUUCAAUCCCAGUAAUGUAUGCUUGUGAGUAAGUGGAGGAGACCUAAGCUGAAUUACGAAUGACACAACUCAACCUGAUUGAGUCGAAGGUUUUCUAAGGGAGCCUGUGGCAGCCACCUUAUGGCGUACUCCUAUCUGAUCAUGGAGUACAGGCAAAUCUAAUACUAUUUGAACCUGUGUUUCUUUGGAAGACCGUCAUAGGUUUGAUUCCUGCGAUACAGAGCCGGAAAUAAUUUUAAAAUUUGUCCGGAAAAACUUCGAUCAAAACGAAAUUUGACCGGAAAUUUGCAAAAUUGACCGGAAUUUCUUUUAGUUUAGUUUGACCAAGUCCACUCCCCCCCCCCCCAAUGAGCAAACUCUGUCAAGCAUGCAGACGUGCACUGAGUAAAUCACUCUACUUGCAAUUGUGUAAGGUAAUUGUAACUGUAGCGAAAAUUCAAAAUGGUUGUGAGCCUACGGGACGUGUUUUAAAUUGAUUGACGGGUGAUUUAAAUUGCAAAUUAUUAAGACUCACCUCACAUUUUCACGACAACACCACGCUAUAAGCCACCUUCUUGUUUAUUGAGCCCGUGAACCAGCCUAGUUCCUGGCCUUCUCGCUUCCGCCUCAUUAUUUUGGGGGGAAAUCGAUAAGGUUUGCAGGUUGACCGUGAUAAAGUUGUAUUAUUUGGAGACUGGGGAAACUGACAGCCCGCAAGUUCACAACAGCCUGUAACUCGCCCGCGCUUGGAAGGCCAGGGACUAGGCUGCCCGUGAACUAUACUUUCCAGUUGAUUACUUUAUAUUAGCCUAAUAUAGAUAAUCCAAACUUACAGAUGCAUGGUACUCACUGUGCUGAGCGCCGACCCGAUCAUUAAGAAAACAUUUUUCUUUUUCUCAAAAUUUGGCCGGACAAAAUUUCCGAUCAUUUCAGCAUUUGGUUGGAAAAAUCGGAAUCUGGUCGGAAAACUGCCGGCCGUUAUUUCAGGCUCUGUGAUAGGGGUUAUAGUUGUAUAAAAAUCUUCAACAAUUAGUUGUAUCGAAUGACAUGUCCAAAGUCGUGAUAUUUAUCCAAAAUAUUAAUCAGAUGUAAAAUAUUUUAAAUUUAGAGUUUAUUUAUACAAUCAAGAGAGCGAUACUGUUCCUUUCUUUCCAACUGAGGAUUAUGAAAUCAUUAAAUAUACUUGGUACAAGGUAACUGCAAAUUUUAUCCUGUGUAAAAGUGUCUCACAUUGUAACAUAUUGUCGUAGGAAAAUAGUUUUAUCUUAUAUUUUGAUAAUCUGUUUUAGAAAACUGACAAGAAUGGUUCAAGUCAUUUUGUCGCAAUUGAGUUGCAUGUUUCUACCGCAUCAGAAAGUGCGAGUGAUGAGAAGCCACAACCUUCACAUCGUAUAUUUGCUCAUCUUGGAAUCAUCGACAAGGUUUGUUCUUUUUUUUCUGUGUUGGUUUUGUGUAUUGAAUAUGAUGUUUGUGAUGUUACUUUGAGUGUAUAUCCACACCGGGCAGGCUUGAAAAAUAUGCCUGGCCACGGUGGGAAUCAAACCUACGACCUUUGGAAUACUAGCCCAAUGCUCUGCCAACUGAGCUACGCGGUUUGUUCUGUCUGAAAUAUUGGCUAAGGUUUGUUCUGUCAGAAAUAUUGAGUUGAUCAAGGGUGUUUAGGAAAUAUGGAACAAUUUAUAACACCAGGAGAGAUUCAACAAUCUAAAAAUGCAAGUAAAACUUCAAAAACUCGGUUGCUUUCUGGUGUUUAGAAAACAAGUACACUAGCUUGGCCUCAGUUAAAUUUGAUUUCCAUUUGAUCUGUCAUGACGCCGUGAAGUUGCUGAUGGAAUUUAUUAUCGAUAUAUCUCUGUUUUCAUUUUUAAAAAUUUCUGAAAUUGUUUCUUCUCUUACAGGGUGUUGUUGUGGAUGGUAAACAAGAGACAAGAAAGGAAUGUCGUUUUACAUCCAAUUCAGACAGCGCAGAACAGCUGUAUUCAUUACUUUGUGAACAACAACAGUCUGAAUAUCGUCAACAAUUUUCAGUUUUUCCUUUUGCUGUUGGUUCAAACAAAAUGAUUUCUGUAAGUUUUAUAAUUUGUAAGAAAUAACGGCCCAUCAAUGGACAAUGUCCAGCUAGAAUAUGGAGUUGUCAAGACAAAUUAUUACCUUGACCAGUCACUUUCGGUAAAAGAACAAACUAAUCUUCAUUUUAAUUAAUAAUCAAAAUAAAAUUGUCAAGUCAAUAACCAAGUUCUGCUAUUUGAAAAGGGAGUUCUGCUAUUUGAAAAGGGAGUUCUGCUAUUUGAAACGGGAGUCCUGCUAUUUGAAAAGGGAGUUCUGCUAUUUGAAAAGGGAGUUCUGCUAUUUGAAAAGGGAGUUCUGCUAUUUGAAAAGGGAGUUUUGCAAUUUGAAAAGGGAGUUCUGCUAUUUGAAAAGGGAGUUCUGCUAUUUGAAAAGGGAGUUCUGCUAUUUGAAAAGGGAGUUCUGCUAUUUGAAAAGGGAGUCCUGUAAUUUGAAAAGGGAGUCCUGCUAUUUGAAAAGGGAGUUCUGCCAUUUGAAAAGGGAGUUCUGCUAUUUGAAAAGGGAGUUCUGCUAUUUGAAAAGGGAGUCCUGCAAUUUGAAAAGGGAGUCCUGCUAUUUGAAAAGGGAGUUCUGCUAUUUGAAAAGGGAGUUCUGCAAUUUGAAAAGGGAGUUUUGCAAUUUGAAAAGGGAGUUUUGCUAUUUGAAAAGGGAGUUCAGCUAUUUGAAAAGGGAGUUCUGCUAUUUGAAAAGGAAGUUCUGCUAUUUGAAAAGGGAGUUCUGCUAUUUGAAAAGGGAGUUCUGCUAUUUGAAAAGGGAAUUUUGCCAUUUGAAAAGGGAGUUUUGCUAUUUGAAAAGGGAGUUUUGCUCUUUGAAAAGGGAGCUCUGCUAUUUGAAAAGGGAGUUUGGCAUUUGAAAACGGAGUUCUGA